AUGAAUUUAUUCCAUCGCAAAAGUAGUGCUGCAAGUUCAACAACCAAUCCAUCACCAUCGGUUCUAAGUACAGCUAUAUCUGGACCUGAAGCAUUUGCAUCAAAUUCAGCAUAUGGUCGAGGUUUUUAUGAACCAGGUGCUUAUACAGUUGCAUUGAAACGAUGUGAAAAUGGUCAUGAUCUUGCUCAACAACUUGCAGAUAUGUUUGAAGAACGAGCACAGCUUGAAUUAGCUUAUACAAAUCAAUUACGUACUUGGUCACGUAAAUGGCAUGGUGAAUUAAUAAAAUCACAAGAAUAUGGAACAAAUAAAAAAGUUUGGGAUGAAGCAGUAACAACAGGUGAACAAAUGGCUGAUGUUCAUGGAUCAUUAUCAUCUUCACUAUUAGAUUCAUUAAUACCUAAACUUCGACAAUGGCGUAAAGAUAAUUAUGAAAAAUCUUUAAUACAUUAUAAAAAAACGAAAGAAUUUGAAAAAGAUUUUAUGGAGGCACAAAAAUCUUGGACUAAAUUAUUAGAUAAAAUAUCAGAAUCAAAAUCAGCUUAUUAUGCAGCAUGUAAAACAGCUAAAUUAGCUGAUGAUGCUGAACGUAAUGCAUCAGAUGAAAAUCGAAAAAAAUUAGCUGAUAAAGCUGAAGUAGCAAGACGUGAAGUUGGAUUUACUAAAAUAAAAUAUGAACAAGCAAUAAAUGAAUCUCGUGAACAAAGACCACGUUAUGAAUUAGCUAUGAAAGAAGUUUUUGAACGAACACAAGCAUUUGAAAGAAAACGUUUAGAAUUUUUUAAAGAAACAUUUGAUGAAUUUUCAAAAAUAUUAGAAACAGCAACACAAGACAAUGUGAGCUUAAAAAAGAUGAUCGAUGAUUAUCAGACAAGUUUAACUACGCAUAGUUCGGAACAAGAUUUAACUUGGUGGGAUCAAAAUUAUGAAGCACAUUAUCCAUCUCUUGUUGCUAAUCAACCAACAAUAUUACGUCAAGAUGAAUAUUCAUGUAUUGUUGAUAUACGUGGUUCAACAAAAGAAAAACCAAUAAUAAAAACUUUUAAAAAAAUUCGUGCAUGGAGAAAAAAAACUCGAGAAUUAGCUGAUGAUGAAAGUUUCGAUGAUUCAACAAGAUUAAAAAUAAAAACUUUAAGAAACUCAUUAAAAAGUAAAGAUAUCAAUGAAGCACGUUCAAUUAUGGUUCAAACAUGGAGAGAUUCAUCCGAUGAUAAACGUGAACAAUAUAAUCAUGAUGUUGUCAAAUUCUAUUCACCUGUUACACAAAAUUAUUUACCACCAUCAAAUUUAGGUGCUAUUACAGAACGUUUAGAUGAUUUAAUUAGAAGUUAUAUAACUGCACAUGGAAAAUUAGAUCAAACGAAAAUGGAUACACGAACAUUUGAAAAAAUGAUGCAUGUUAAAUCACUUAAAUCAUGUAUUGAUCCAGGAGAAAGUGUAGGAAUUUUAGCAGCACAAUCCAUUGGAGAACCUAGUACACAAAUGACAUUGAAUACUUUUCACUUUACCGGUCGUGGUGAAAUGAAUGUAACAUUAGGUGUUCCACAUCUUCGUGAAUUACUUAUGGCUGCAUCUAUGAAUGUUAAAACACCAACAAUAGAAGUUCCUAUCUUACGUAGUUCAUCAGCAUUAUGUAAAGCAAAACGUUUACAACGUCAUUGGUCUCGUCUUUUAUUUUCUCAAGUAUUAACAAAUUUAAAUAUUCAUGAAAAACUUACAUUAAAAUUAAAUGAUUAUAAACGUACAUAUAAUAUUGAAUUUUAUUUUGAUGAAAUAAUACGUACAUUUGAAACAUAUUUUAUUCCACGUUUUUUAUCAGCUCAUAUUCGUGAUAAAAUAACAAUUAAUGAUUCAAAUGAUAAAGAUGAUCAACAAGAAACAGUAGGAAAAGAUGAUGAUGAACCAAUUAAUGAUGAAGCUAAUAUAGCCAAAGAAAAAUCGAAUAGAAAUGAUGAAAAAGAAUAUAAUGAUGAUAAUGCUGGAGAAAAUGAAGCGGAUGAUGAAGAAGAAGAACCUAUGCAAGAUAAUCACAAUGAUAAUGAACAACUAAAUGUAUCGAAAAUUGCAAUUAAAGAGGAUACUAUUGAUGAUGAUGAUGAUGCACAAGGUAAUCUUAUUUUUUUAUAG